CUUCCUAAAAAAAAAAAAAAAAAGCAUCUAUACUAGUGACUUGACUUGGGUAUAUAAAUAAACCAGUGAAAUUUUCCUUCCAAGCUCAGAACUAGUAAACCACUCUCUCUCUCUCUCUCUCUCUCAAUCAACAAUGGCAUCUCCCUCCAUCUCUCUCUACCUCAUCCUUCUCACCCUCCUCUCAACGGCCAAUUUCUGCUUCCCCAGAUCGAAUCUGAACCGUCCAAUUCCAUUGAACAGUCCGAACACAGACGUCCACGAUCUCCUCCCCAAGUACGGGCUCCCUCGAGGACUCCUUCCCGACAACGUCAAGUCGUACACUCUCUCAAACGACGGAGCGUUCGAGAUUGAACUGUACGACACUUGUUACAUUAAGUUCGACCGCCUCGUUUACUACGAAAAGACCGUCAAGGGGAAAAUCAGCCGCGGCAAGGUCUCCGAUGUUUCUGGAAUUCAGGCGAAGAAGGGAUUCUUUUGGGUUUCAAUUUCUGGGAUUAUUGCGCAUCCCGAGAAGAACAAAAUCGAGUUUAAAGUUGGCUUCUUGAGUGAGGAGCUUUCUGCCCAACAGUUUGAGGUUGUUCGCUCUUGUGACAAAAACUCACUUCUGCCUUAUAAUCCGCUUCUUCAGUCUAUUUGAGGAAACUGAAGCACAAAAGGAUACAUUUGAAUCUGUCAUGAUCGACGAGUACUUAGUGAGAUGUUUUAAUUUAAUUUCACAAACUAUAUAUCUUUGUUAAUAUGAUUAUGGUAUUUAAAGUGCUGUAGUUUCACUUUAUGUCAAUAAAGUUAUAGUGUACCAUUUCACACUUUAUAUUUUAUCUCCUGUUUAAAUUUCUUUGGAGAAAAAA